CCUAAAUUUAAUUACUCCAUACUAAUAUACCUGAAAAUAGGGCAAGUAAGAGUAUUUUGGGCUUUUAGGGUCCAAGAGUAGAAGUUUAACGAAAAUAGGUUAAACUAUGCUUGAACUUCAAGCAGGCAAUUACCGACCUAUCUGUAACUACCUGGCUUUUCUUUCUUCAACUGUCUUCUUACUCUUUCAUUCAUUCAUUCCCAAAUCUCAAAUUAAUCAAACCCUAAUUUUCUUUCUUCAAGCAACUAAUUGCGUAUUCAUUCAAUCAAUUAAUCGGAAGUUCUUCGAAUUUACGAUCUUCUUUUUCAAUUCUCUUUCAAGGUUUUAUUUGGUGAUUAAUCAAUCAUGAGGUUUAAGGUAGGAACCAUGGUGGAGGUCUUGUCCAAAAAAGACCCUUCACGUGUUUGGAGGUGUGCAAAAAUUGAAGAAGAUGAUGGAGAUGGUUACACUGUCAGAUAUUAUCGAGGCCCAGGCAUAGCUAAGGAUGCUGUUGACGAGGUUCCAGCUGAUGCAGUCAGGCCUUGUCCCCGACCAUCAAAGAGUACUAAUAUUUUGCUUGUUGGUGAUGUUGUGGAAGUGUUAGAUGACGGUUAUUGGAGGGUUUCCGUGAUCGAUGAAGUUUUGGAAGAUGAUUGUUUUUACAUUCGGGUGAUUGGAUCUUUGGACGAGUUUAAAGUUAAUAGGUCUAGUAUUAGAGCACUACAAGAAUGGAAGCAGAAGAAGUGGGUUCUGAUAGAUAAGGAUUCUGAAUAUCAUGAAGAUUUGGCGUCCAAGAUGCACAAGAAAUCCCAUGUGCAGGAAGUUCCAGAAUCCAAUUUGCCACCUAAAUCAUUGAAGAGGUCUUUUUCUGAUCAUUCAUCUACUGCCAAAGUUUAUUCCAAGUGUUCCCAGAAAAGAAGAUUAGUAGAUAAUGCGGUUGAGCUUGAUGCUAUCGAUGGUGACUCAUAUUCAUUCACUGGAAAGGUAGAAAACCCUACAAACCAAAGGGGAAAUCUUGGUAAAGAUACUAUGCAAAAUUUUACUAAGAAAACAAUCCGAUCUAAUAAUGCUUACAGUAGAAAUCAUGAUGAUUUCCUGGGGCUAAAUGAUUGUGUCAGUACUAUGUCAUAUGUUGCUAGUUGUAGCAUCACUAAUGCCAUUUCUGAUAGGUUGCUCAGCCAUUCUUCUGCAGGAAGUAGACAGGAUAGUGCUUCUCUUUGUAGUGACGCAGAUUCACAUAGUCAUUUGGGAUCAGAGGAAGAAAUGUGUAUUGAUCAGUUAGAAAGGGGAGAUGUUUUAAGAACACAUGAGUUAGAUUUAUAUGGUUAUCGAUGCGUUCUAGAAACUUUAUAUGCGUCUGGUCCUUUAAGUUGGCAACAAGAAACUGCUUUAACAAACCUUCGUAUGAAGCUUUAUGUUUCAAAUGAUGAACAUUUGAGUGAGUUGAGGAGGUUAAGUUCUUUUGGUGUGAGUUGUCAAUAGCUUUAGAUGUCCUUUCUUAUAAUUUAAUUGCACUGGGUCUUGUAAAGUUCAGUGAUACCUUGUGCCUUGUAAGAAGUGGGUGACGUUUGAAAAUGUACAUAUGUUCAAUUGUUGAUGCAGUCAUGAAAUUUGCAUACUUACAAUAUUCAUAUACAUUUGAAAAAUCUUAUAUCAAUUAUCUAUUUUGGAAGUAAUGUUUCUAGCCUCUCUUUAGCUGUCUUGAUACUUCUAUAAUUAUUAUUGAUGCUUCUCAUACAUAUUUCAGGAGCUGUCCAGACAUGUAAACCUUACUGCCACAAUCUUAAAGAUGAUGUUGUGGUUAGCCUUCUCCUCUGUAGUUUUGAGAAAGGGGCAUCAUCUGCAAUGGCUCCUUUGUAAAUGAGGCAAUUCAUGUCGGAGGCUGUGAUUAAUCCCUUUUAUGUUGUUUUCUGUGCUUCAUUCCAGGUAAAAAAUGAUUUUUUAAGUUAAACUACUCGAAGCUGAACAGCUCCUCUGGAGCCUGUGAGCGAUAUGCUUUUUAAAGAUCCCUUGCUGGGCCUUGUUAGUUGUGGUCUUCUUUUAUACAUGGCAUUAAUUUUUCUUUUAAAUUAUAGAAUAAUAUAUUGCCUCAAAAGUUUGAAGAUUUUGACAAAUAUUGUUACAAGUGAUUGAAGAAUUUGAAAUUGAGUAUUAGUAUGAUCUGAACGUAAUAAACAUAGCUAGAGAUAAGAAGUGUAAUUGCUGGGCAUCUCUACUAGUUAACUUAGAAGGUCUUUGUUUUGCUGAGUUGGAUGUAAAUAUUGGCAAAGUUAUUGCAUCUAUGAAUAACCAAAGUUCGUAAUUAGGUGCUCAGAUUAUAUAUUUUUCAUGUGUGUGCAUAUGCAGAAAGGCCUGGGAUUAGAAUAAACUGUCAUCUUGGAUACUAAUCUGUUUUAUAUGUAGACUACCCUAUUUUGGGUGUGGGGGGGGGGGGGUGUUGGGGUUGGGAUGUUGUAGGUCAUUUUCCGUUUUAAACUUGGAGGUGUCGUCUGUGCCAUCUUAUUCUAGAGCAUUUUCCUAGUUUCUACGUAAGCAACACCAGCUGUUUCAUGGACCUCUGGAUUUUUGUGAAUUCUGAUUUUUAGCCUUCUUUACAAUGUGUGCUGAACUGCUGAUAGAGAUAUUGGUUGUAUAAUUUUUUCCCUAAAUUUCAUGGUUUACAUAUUGUUAUAUCCAUAUAUGUGUGAUUUGCUAAUAGCAUCUGUUGGGCAAUGGCACAGAAAAUAGGAUCUCGGUCCAUGUCUGAGGCUCUGAGCUAAGCUCCUCAGUGACCAUGCAAUUUUCUGCCGCCAAAUAAUCUGAGGUUAUUCUAAUUCCCAAUCAGGUGCCUCCACUUAUGUUUGGCCAUGAGAUUAUGUGUUCUUAAUUUGCUGGGUGCUGAGAAGCUCACUAAUAUGCAUGCCACUGAAUCACAGGUUUGUGUAUUAUGGUUCAAGUACUGCUUAUACGGGUAUAAUGAAUUUUUUAGAAACUUGAGCUCUGUGUUAUUAUUUAUAUACAUAGGAAAAAUAAGGUAAAAAUGUAUCCUCUAUCCUCUCCCUCUUCUUGAAACCAGGCAUCAAAAUUUAUGAUGGUAGUCAAUGGUUAUAGUGUUUGAUAAUGUGGAGUCUUUAUGAUCCUCUUAUUUUGCUUAAGUGCCUUGUACAGUUGUACUCCUAUGAUGUUGCAGUACUUAUUUCCUCCGUUUUUUUAAGAUGAAAGUCAUGAAACAUAUUUAGAUUUACAUUAUUUAUGCACACUAUACAAUCUCAAUUUUUGGUGAUUUUUUCAAAUGGAAAAACAUAGUCAUGUUGGAGUCUUCUUAGAUUCAUCUUAAUUCAUACUUUUCAGGUAUUAAUUUUUAAAUAUUUGUUGCUUAUUUAUAAUUUAACGAAAUUGUUGAGCAAGAAAUGUUUUGUAUUUAAAAAAAACGAAGUAUCAUGUAAAUGAUUGACAGCGAUGAACUCCAGUUAGAUGAGGAUAAUCUUGUGUAAGGUUUUACACUUUGCAACCUCAAGUACUUGUUUGGCAGCUCUCCAACUUGAAGAUCUCUAUCAGAACCUAUUUGUCAUAACUACCCAGUUAUGCUGGUUCACAUCCUUAGCUUGAAGAAAUUUUUAAGACAUCUGCAGAAGAAUGUAGCAAGACUCUGCACGCGGUUGUUUCAUUCUCCUGCGAUCUCCUUUAGGCUUUUACUGUUUUGUCUGAAGAAUGUAGCAAGACUCAGGGUGCUAAUUGCAGCAUGAUUUUUGUAGUACAGGCUUAUAGCUUAAAAUAUUUGAUGGUAAAGCAUGCCAGGGAACUGUAGUUAUAGUUUAAUGUAUUCAAUUUGAUUUGUUUUGAGUUAAAUAAUUUGUUUUCCAUUCUGCAGAAAAGCCAAGUAUUAUCUUCU